AUGGCAGUUUUCAUUGUAAUCUUCCUCUCCUUCUGUGGUGCCUUGUCGCUGUCAUUUUGUUACUCUGAUCAAGAACAACAGUCUAGAGGCUUUGGAGAUGUCAUGCUGAGCGGUUUUCGUGCACUCUCUGAGCAGCUACCAAUUGAAGGAGAUUACACAAAUCUCAACUGGUUGUCGAUCUUGUUGAUGGUGUCUUACAUGGGAACAGUGAAUGUAAUUCUCAUCAACAUUCUCAUUGCCCAGAUGAGUACAACCUACACACAGGUUAAGAAAGUCGCUCGUCUGGAAUACGAUGUGGAUCGUAUUUUACAGCUCACACGCAUGGAGAGAUUUCCUUUGUUGAAUUUGCGCGUGAGGUAUUACAAAGAUGGAGACUGGAUUAGCGAGAUGAAACUCGCACAAGAGCUUCUUGAAUUUAGUGAAGAUCGCAGUCCUUGGGAGUCGGUGGAAGAGAAACUCAGUGCGAUCAGGGAUAUGAUGAGGAAGAUGGUGAAACAGAUGCGGCCUGGAAGCGGAUGA